AUGGAAACAUUCCAGCUAGGAGUCUCGCAAACGUUUGCCGUGAAUCCAGAUGAUUCAAACUCACCUCAAACGUCGCCUGAAUAUACCCUCAGAUUGUCUGUGGGAGAUCAGCAACUCAACUACUCUGUCGGGUCUCUUGAAACCCUGCAACCUCUGCUGGUCGAAUUGAAGAAAUUCAUGGCUAUUGCCGAGCAAAAGCAUUACGGUGCUUUGGGCAAAUCGCACGAAUGGAGAAGACACUACCUUCCUGGUGACAACACACCUACAAUCUCAAAACCCCCAACGCGAAAUCCAUUCAUCAAUGAUGACAAGUCCGCUGUAACAGAUACGAAAGCUAUAAAAGAAGCAUGGAUUGCCAGGGAAUUGAGAUCGAAAGCUGAAAGUUUUACUUCGUUUACACCAAUAAACGUAUUUGUGGGAACGUAUAAUGUGAAUGGAAGAAUCGUCACAGAAUCACUCGCACCGUGGCUAAAUACUGACUGCGAUCCUGAUAUAUUGGUCAUUGGACUUCAGGAAAUGGACUUGACAACUGAAGCUCAUAUGCUGUUGACCGAUUCCACAAAAGAUUCUUUAUGGACGAAGGCUGUCGUUGACGGCCUAGGUGAAAAAGGCGGGCAGUAUUCCAAGGUUGCAUCAAAACAGCUUGUUGGAAUGCUUAUAAUCAUGUUGGCUCGUUUUGAUAAGAUGUUUGCAAACAAGGGUAAUAAAGGAGCAACCGCCGUACGAUUUCGCAUACGAGACAGUUAUUUCUGUUUUGUAAACGCUCAUCUGGCCGCUGACGCCAGUAUGACUGACAGAAGAAAUGCAGACUAUGCACACAUAUCCAAACGAUUGGGAUUCGCAUUGCCUGCCGAUGUGUCUGGGUAUUCAAAUUGGUGCAAUUUGCAUCCUUGGGUCAGCAGUAUGACGGAUUCGGUUCCUGGCGUUGUUUCUUCUUCUGGACCUGGAAAGUCUCUGCUGUCUAUCUUUGAUGCGGAUCAUUUGGUGUGGUUUGGUGAUUUGAAUUAUCGGUUGACUGUGAACGAUACUGAUGCUCGGACUCUUGUUGCUGAUAAAGCUUGGAGUGAGUUGAUGAAGGGUGAUCAGCUCAGCGCCGAAAGACGAUCACGACGAGCUUUUGGGUCGUAUGAAGAAGCUGCAAUCAACUUUGACCCAACCUUCAAGUAUGAUGUCGGUUCAUCGACAUUUGAUUCAUCAGAGAAGAAACGAGCACCCGCAUGGUGCGACCGCAUAUUAUGGUACCGAAAUCCACUUCAUUCUGCAACUUUUAAAGACUGGAUUUCGUGCACGUCUUACAAGUCGUGCAUGGAUUUAACCCAAUCGGAUCACAAACCUGUCUCGGCUACAUUCUCAAUGCAAGUCCGAACUGUAGAUCGACCGCAAUAUGAGUUUGUACAUGGAGAAGUUGUCAGGGAAUUAGACAAGCUGGAAAAUGACAGUAUACCAGAAUUGAGAUUAGAGGAGGGACACGACAAGGUGUUCUUUGGAAGUAUUGAGUUUGCGGUGCCAGUUGUGAGGACGAUCUUGUUUACGAAUGUGGGUAAAGUGUCGGCCAAGUUUACAUUUGUCGCCAAGCCUGGUGAGGUUUACUAUGCUAAAUCUUGGAUGAGAAUAACUCCUGUAUCAUCGUCGAUCAUGCCUGGUGAAUCAGUCUCCAUUGAGCUUACAAUGGCAGUCGAUGCACUCACAUCACCAGGACUCAACUCUGGCAAAGAUCAACUGGAUGACUUUUUGAUUUUGCAUGUUGAGAGAGGAGCUGACUUCUUUUUACAAGUCUCUGGUGAAUGGAUGCCAUCAAAUUUUGGUCUAAAUUUAGCGACCAUCGGGCGAAUCACUUCUAGUGUUAGACAAAUUGGUGUCGAAGGAAUAAAACUCCUCACUGAUACAAAUCAAGCUGCAGACGAAUCGAUACAGAAAGAAACUCAAAUUGGUGGGGCUGCCACUAUCCAGAGUCUGGUACCACAACCAAUACGCAAACUCGUCGAGUUUUUGCAACGAUGUGGAUGGCUCUAUGCAAAGGAGCUCUUCCAUGACGCGGGCCAUCCACUUGUUGCACGAUACAUACGAGAAUGUCUCGACUCGGGGGUUGACUUUGAUGUGGAGGCUUUGAGUACAGAGAUGUCUCCGGCAGAUAUCCGAUCAUCGUCGCCUUCUCCUGUACAAGAUGAUUUGGCGGAGCAAGAAAUAUCAAAAGUCGAUAACCAUCAACAACAAUUUGAUCAAGAUGUAAAGCCGCCGCAUGCUCCUCGAUCUUAUGGCAUUCGAGCAUCAGUAUUGUCGGUCGCUGAUACCUUACUAUUAUUGCUACGAUCGCUACCGAAUCCAGUAUUACCUGAUGUGUUGUGGAAGACGGUACUGCAAGACGGGUAUAAAGAUAUGGAUUCUGCUAGACGAGUACUGGCAUCAUUGCAAGCACAGUAUCCAUAUGAGCAUGCCACUUGGGUAUAUCUUCUGUCGUUCUUGAGAACUCUAGUCGCCGCCCGUGGUGACUCUACUCCCAGUGACAUUGCGGAUAUAUUUGCUCCUAUACUCAUCAGAACAUCAACCCAAAAUCGAGGAUCUCUCAGUAGUAACAGUAACGAUAAUAGCAAUACCACCUCUAUAUCUUCACCUCGAAACACACUCUCCGUAGCCAAAUCAACAAUGAUUGGUAUAUGGAAUUCAUGGUCGAGCGCGUCUGCUGCUUCUACUUCGUCAACAAGUGAUGCCGACAAGAGUCUUACAUCGAAAAAGAGUAUGGAAACACUACGUGAAGUCGUAGUGUCGGCAGUUGAAAUGAAUUCACGUAGGAGGCAAUUUGUGAUCUAUUGUUUGACUGAAGGUAUUGAGGCUUUGGAGAUGGAGUCGCUUGUCGAUUUGGUGUCAGCAUAA